AUGUCGCGCAUCUCAUCGAUGGCGUACAAGUUCAAACAGAAUUCGAUCAAUGACGAUUCGCGGCAUCGAUCGCAGAGCAACUCGCGGCUCUUUGAUCGCAUUUACGGGAGUAUGCGAGGGAAUAAGGCGUUUGAACACACAAGUUCCUACGACGAAUCAAUAAGCGGAUUCAUGAGGCGACGAUACGCAGGUAACGGCGAAAGAAGUAUCCCAUUGAGAUACGGCACCAAUCCACAUCAAAGAGAUGACGCUGAGUUGUACAUAGUUGAAGACGAGAUGCCAAUUAAAGUUCUUAAUGGCUCACCUGGUUAUAUAAAUAUUUUGGACGGGUUGAACGGAUGGCAGUUAGUCAAGGAAUUGAGCGAUGCGACGAAUAUGCCAGCUGCGGCAUCGUUCAAGCAUGUAUCACCAGCAGGCGCCGCAAUCGGAGUGCCAUUAAAUACGGUUGAAGCCGCUUGUUGUAUGGUUGCUGAUCUACCAUUGGAUCCAAAGAAACCUUCACUUGCAGCAGCAUAUGCGAGAGCAAGAGAGCAGGAAUGGAUAACAAGCGAUCGGCUCGAGCGGUUUGCACCGAUUGUUGGUGCCGAUCGAAUGUCGUCUUUUGGCGAUUUCAUCGCACUCUCCGAAAAAUGCGAUGAGCUCACCGCUAAAAUAAUUAACAGGGAAGUUUCCGAUGGUGUAGUUGCACCUGAUUACGAGCCAGCAGCUCUUACAAUUUUGGCGAAUAAGAAAAGUGGAAAUUAUUGUGUGCUUAAGAUAAAUCCUAAUUUCCUUCCAUCUGAAACGGAAGAGCGUACUGUAUUUGGAAUGAGAUUGCGUCAGAAGAGAAACAAUGCCGUUAUCAAUGCUGACACAUUCUCAAAUGUUGUUAGCAAAACCAACAAUCUUAAUAAGCAAGCGAUUGACGAUUUGAUUGUGGCGACGAUUGCACUGAAGUACGCACAAUCGAACAGUGUUUGUUUCGCUCACCGAGGACAGGUGAUUGGCAUGGGCGCUGGUCAACAAUCUCGAAUUCAUUGUACUCGACUUGCUGGCGAAAAAGCUUCGAACUGGUGA